GGCAGCGGCGAGGGGCCGCACUACAGCUCCCGCCAUGCCCCUGGGCCCGCCCGCCGGAAGAGCCGCCUCCCUCCUCCGGCUUCCUGCGGGCUGUGCCGGCCGCUGCGCUCGCGAGAAGAAAAAUGACCUAAGCAUCAUCCAGCCUUUGUGGCCGGGGCUGCCAGGAGCAUGGCAUUGCCUGGAAGUUUACGGAGGCAGCCUGCAGACAGAGGCCUUGCGUCCCAUUGCACCCACCAUCAUAUUGUUGUGUUCCUGCUGACCUUCUUCAGCUACUCCUUGCUCCAUGCUUCCAGAAAGACGUUCAGUAAUGUCAAAGUCAGCAUUUCCAGCCAGUGGACUCCCUCCUGCCUGAACACCACAGCCCCUGAGCUCCGGCCAUAUGAGCUCUGGAGCAGCAACCAUUUAUUUCCAAAUGCAGAAGAAGCAACUCUCUUCUUGGGGACGUUGGACACUAUCUUUUUGUUUUCCUAUGCUGUGGGUCUCUUUGUCAGUGGCAUAGUUGGUGAUCGCCUGAAUUUACGCUGGGUUUUGUCUUUUGGCAUGUGUUCUUCUGCUCUUGUGGUGUUCUUCUUCGGCACACUUACAGAAUGGUUGCAUUUCUACAACAAGUGGUUCUACUGCUGUCUCUGGGUUGUGAAUGGUUUACUGCAGUCCACUGGUUGGCCCUGCGUGGUUGCGGUCAUGGGCAAUUGGUUUGGAAAAGCUGGAAGAGGUUUUGUGUUUGGACUUUGGAGUGCCUGUGCAUCUGUGGGAAAUAUCCUUGGGGCAUUCCUUGCCUCCUGUGUUCUCAAAUACGGCUAUGAGUAUGCUUUCUUGGUGACAGCCUCAGUACAGUUUGCUGGAGGAGUCAUUGUGUUCUUUGGGCUGCUGACAUCACCAAAGGAAGUGGGCCUCCCUGAGCUUGGAGCAGACGAAGAUGGCAGUGUGGAGGAAGAUGCCAACAGACCUUUAAUGAGCAAUGAUGAUGCUGAUGACGAUGACCGGAAUUACUCUAUUCAAGCAACUGACACUGACAACCAUCCAAAGGCCAUUGGCUUUUUCCAGGCUUGCUGCCUUCCGGGUGUAGUACUGUACUCUUUGGCUUAUGCUUGCUUGAAACUGGUGAAUUACUCCUUCUUCUUCUGGCUGCCCUUCUACCUCAGCAACAAUUUUGGAUGGAAAGAAGCAGAAGCUGACCAGCUCUCAAUCUGGUAUGAUGUGGGAGGAAUCAUAGGUGGGACUAUCCAGGGCUUGAUUUCUGAUGUGCUGCAGAAGAGAGCCCCAGUACUAGCAAUUAGCCUGCUCUUUGCUGUCGGCUCGCUUUUUGGUUACAGCCGUUCUCCAAACAGCAAACCUAUCAAUGCUGUGAUCAUGGCAAUUACAGGAUUUUUCAUCGGAGGCCCUUCCAACAUGAUCAGUUCUGCAAUUUCUGCUGACCUGGGGCGCCAGGAUCUGGUGAAAGGCAGCAGCGAGGCUCUGGCAACAGUCACGGGAAUUGUGGAUGGAACGGGCAGUAUUGGUGCUGCAGUGGGCCAGUCAGACGCAGGUUCAUCCCAGGACUGUUUAUCAAGGCAUGGCAACAAGUAGGACAAAUGGCAAAAGGCGGCUGCUGUGCCUGCUGUUGAAUGCAGAGGAGCUGUUACAUGAGGAGAGACGCAGAAUGGGAGCCCUGUUGCAAUAGCAGGCAUGCCUCGGCCUUGUGCCAGCACAAGUGACUUCUGACUUAGUGCACACCUCUGAAACACCAGGUGAGCACGUGUGCAGGGGUUGUAGAGUCUCUGCUGGCGGUGGCUUUUUGCUGCUUAGCUUCAUUUCUGUGCACAUCUGCAGUGCUGUUUGGAGCUACUGGAGCUCCCAGGCCUGUUCUAAGGACUCUCUUGGCCCUGUGUGCUCAGGCAGUGGCAGGGCUGGUUUGCCUGAGAGAGUCAUAG